UGGGCUAAGUGUUUAAAGCAAGAGAGGGACACACUACGGUAUAUCACUACUUUUCUAAGUCUUUCCUCCUUCAAAACUGACAGCCCUGGCGUAGGGAAGGGAACGCAAUAUGCUCGAAUUACUCAGGACACAUCUUCUGUGCACAUUUCAGUAGGCGAUCUCCUUCGUGAAGAAACAUAUCAACCUCGUCUGGGUUCGCCGGCUUUAUCAAGGACAGCAUCAGAAACUCAGUCAUCAUUCCGGCCGAUUUUUCAGUAGGCCUAAUACAAAAGCGAAUUGAGGAAUCCCAAAUGGAAAUAAAAUGCAUUGUUAUUUUGGAUGGAUUUCCGAGGAGCUUAGACCAGGCCCAUGCUUUUGAGGAAAAGAUCCGAGGAAGAUUCUUUACUAUACUUCUGAAAUGCUUAGAAGAAGUUCCGCUAUAUCGCUUAAACCGACGCUCGGAGUCAUCUAGCCGGAUUGGCGAUAAUGACGACUCCAUGAAGAAACGUUUACGAACAUUCUCUCAGGAAAACUUGAAAAUUGAAAAGCAUCUUCAAAGUAAGGGUCCAUUUUGGACGGUA